UCAAAUCUAGACUUGGUCAAAGUGCACGAGCAGGAGUUUGGAAACACUGGAAGGUUUUAGUAGUGAGGUGUUAGGAACAUUAAACAAUGAAGAGAAGAACCGUGAAACCUGCUGAUUCCUCCCCAGAAAGGAAGGACAGGAAGGCAGCCAGCAGCUUGAAACAGCAGGGGUCUCAGUCUGGUCGGAGGUUAAAAAAAGGUUUACUGAUUGCUGUUGCUGUCUGCAUUCUGGUACCUGUCGUUUAUAAAGUAAUCCCUGAUUUUAUUCAGGCGGUUAUUUACACCUACAGACUUCAUGUGCCUUUCUUUGUGGACCUCGGCCGACCUGCUGAUCUCUCCCUCAAUCACACCAUCAACAUGUACUUAACAUCAGAGGAAGGGAUUUCCCUGGGUGUGUGGCAUACGGUUCCUGAGAGUCGGUGGAAAGAAGCUCAGGGGAAGGACCUGAUUUGGUACCAGAACACUCUAAAUGAUGGGAAUCCGGUCUUCUUAUAUAUGCACGGUAACACAGGCACGAGAGGAGCUCCACACCGAGUGGGAGUGACAAAAUUGCUGAGUUCGAUGGGUUACCAUGUGGUGGCACUGGACUACAGAGGUUUUGGAGACUCCACCGGAGAGCCGACCGAGUCUGGCCUGACCACAGAUGCCCUGCAUGUGUACAACUGGGUCAAAGCUCGCAGCGGGGACAGCCUGGUGGUCAUCUGGGGACACUCUCUUGGCACUGGGGUGAUCUCCAACACUGCGGUGAAGCUGCUUGAACAAGGCGUCGUUUUUGAUGGCGUGAUUCUCGAGGGGGCGUUCAACAGUGAACGACAGUAUAUGCCGUUUUAUGUUUUUGGCUGGUAUUACAUGACAUUUCCAGGCAUUAAGAACCUGUUCAGGUUCCUGUGGGAACAAAAAAAGGUUGUCUUUCCUACAGAACAAAAUUUGAAGAAAAUGAAGAGUCCGAUUCUGUUUCUUCAUUCAGAGGAUGAUCACUUGGUUCCCAUAGAAGUAGCUCGACAGACGUACGAGGUUGCUGCGAAGGCGCAGGGUAAAGACAGAGUCAAGCUUGUGACAUUUGAUGGUUCUCUGGGAUAUCUGCACAACGGCUUAUAUCGCGAUCCGAAGCUUCCCGGUGUCUUAAAGGAGUUUGUGAAUUCGUUGUAGCAUUGGAAAGAGUACUUGGACCUCGGAUAAAGACGGACCUGAAUGUAACAACAAGUGUUAUUUUCUUCCACUGGUUCGAACACCUUCUACCAUCAAUAAAACACAACAGACCCGGCCGGAAGCCCAUCAUCAAGCAGUAAAGAGCCUAAUGCUCCGAUUUCAGAAUCAGAAUUUUGGAUCCAUCUUUUAGGUAAAACCUUCUGGAAAGAUCAUCCAGUUUGCAUUCAGGAAAUAAUCUGGAAAAAUUAAUCGACAAAAGGUUGAAUUUACAUUUCAAUAUCUAAGCAAAUUAUACAUGCAACAAACCCAGAGUGGAAUUUGUUUUUUAAUACUUUAACAUUUUCAUAAAAUCCUUUAAUAAUCACAUUUUUUUAAAUAACUUUUAAUUCAUAUGCAAUAAAUUGUUGCAGCUUUUGAUAAACAUUGAAAGUACUGGAGUUGAAUGAUUGGUUAAACAUACUGAAGUGUUGUAUCCUUUUUUUGUAAAGUCGGUUUCUUAUCCUCUAAAUACAGAACAUGUAAAGCUUCAAGAUGAUUUUUACUGUAAUAAAUUCAUUAAACCUUUUGAAAUCCUC